UUGCAGCUCAAAUAUCCUACAAGAUUGGAUUCAUUUGCACGCGCACAGUGUGUGCUAAGGUUUAGUUACUGCAAUUGACUUCAAUCACAUGUGACAACAGCAGGAGAAGAUAAGAGCAGAGCCGAGUAGAGAGAAAAAAGGUCACAAUCAAAGCAAAAGGAUAGCGAGUUGAGGGAUAUUCAACAAAAAAUGUGUCGGCACAUCAGAUUGUGCUGAAAAAUAAAUUCCUGCACACAUAGUGAUAAUCGUAUAAAAGAUUGCAGAGAGACAGAACAAUUUUACACGCUCAAGGCUCGUAGCUGUAUGUGUGUGUGUGUGUGAGCGCGUACUUAUGUCCUUGUAUGAUUGUAUGGCAUAAAAUUUUAAACAGCAGGAGGGUGGAAGAGCGGAGAAGCGAAGGGAAAGGCAGAAGGAUAGGAAGAGAGGACGAGAGGACGUAGGUGCCGUCGAUUCGGGUGAAAACGGUUUCAAACUCAACUUAAGUACACAUUUUAAGUCGUACUGCAGUGGCAGGCACACACACACGGCGCAGCGCAAUGAAGGCUAACUAAUCCGCUGCUAAGCGAUAAAAACUAACUAAAGUAACUGUGAAAAGAAACUACAGCAACAAAAAUUACUUGUGCAAAGUUUAUAGCAAAACAAAAAAAAAACGAACUAAUAGCAGCUAAGCAUAGUCGGAAAAAAAGUGCAAAACAAAAAGUAAAUAAAAUGCCUGCCAUACCAAGUGAAAUAUCAACGCCCGCGCCAACCCGCAGCCUGCGACCCAUCAGGUCGGCAGUGCUUAAAGCUGCAACAGCAGCCGCCACAAUACUCACAUCCGCAGCAACAGCAGCGGCAGGGGCAGCAGCAGCAACAUCAUACUCAACAACUACAACAACAGCAACUAAGGAAGCAGUGCCAUCCAGCAUCAGUGGCAACGGCAUCGGCAGCAUCAGCUACUACAACCACAAUAGCAUAUCAACUCAACAGCCGGAUACAUUGGAACGACGAUUGCAACCAGAUGUCGAUACGGAUACCGGAGGUGGAAGUAGAGUAGGCGUAAAUGUUGUUGAUCCCAAUGCCACACUGCCCAACCGCCUCGCCAAUAUGUUGCUAUCCAAUUUUCUGCCUGCCAUCGAUGCUGUCACAAAUAUAAACCGAACCGGUAGCAGUAGCUCAAGUAGCAGUAGUGGUGGUGGUGGCGGUGGAGUCGGAGUUGGAGGCAGCAGUAAUGCUGCUGCUGCGCCUGUCACAUAUCCAACCUUCCGGCCGCCAAGCAUAGAAAAUCUUGUCGCCAGCUCAGCUGAGGAUUUGAACAAUUUUCGUGAUGUGUCCUUCGAUAUAUUCGACGACGAUGACGAUUUGUUUGGCUCACCAUUGGCGUUUGACGCCAGCGAGAAUGGCUUAUGGAAUGGACGUUUUGUGCCGCCACCACCGCGGCCACCCUUCUUUCCCGAUGAACCGGUGCUGAGUGAUGGACUGACAACGUGUGAUUUGUGCUCAUGGGCUAUGCCUACGAAGAGUACAUUUAUAUUCGAGGGCACAAUAGAAAAAGCUUCCGAAUUGGGUUGGCCCUUAACACUGAUUAUCGUUUCGGUGAUUUCGGCGUUGCUGGGCGCAAUCAUCAUGGUGACGGUUGUACGUUGCCGAAGAAAAAAGCCGUCGAACAACCGUAAUGAAACGCACGUGCAAUGGUGGUCACGCAACAAGCGUUCGAAUGGCAGCAAUAACAACAAUCACUUGCGACGUAGCAAUAUUUAUACAGCACACCCAGCUGAUAGUAUACGUGGCCUGCAACAGCCAUCGCUUUCGGCGGCCUCAUCGCUUACCACAAUGACCGCAAUGGGCGCAUCAGCGGCACCCCUCCAUUCCGCCGCGGUCACACCGAAUGCAACACAGCCGCCACAGCUGCCACACCAACAACAACAACAACAGCAGCAGCAGCAGCAGCAACAACAACAACAACAGCAACAGUACUACCACCAUCCAUAUCAUCAACAUGCGCUUCAAAGCUCGCUACACCGCAGCCUAAGCGGACAACAUCAACGCGCGCCCGACUACGAAUACGAGCAUGAAUACCAUCAACCACAGGAAUUGCAAUUACAGUUGCAGCACCAACGCCAACACAGUUCGUCUAUGUCAUCGGUGUCCGAUUCGCCGACAUUGCCGGUGGCAAAUAGCAACAAGCCGAGGCCAAUGCAAUUGCAACAUCAGCCGCUGCAACACCACCAUCAACAACAGCAGCAGCAGCAGCAGCAGCAGCAGCAGCACGGUACACUCAGCAGUGUGGCCGAUGGUGUGACAGUGGGCUUUGGUGGCGGUAUGGUUGGUGGUGUGAGCCGUCGUGGUGCGUCUGAAUUGUGUGACGAUUCGUCAUGUCGGUGGCCCAACGCAACAAUUGUGGUGGCCAGCUGAGUAGAAGCGUACAAGUGCAAUAGGCCGGCGACGUUGAGUGGCGCAAUGACGUUGCUGCCAGUGAAUCCAUAUCGGGAUCAUUAUCAGAAAUACCAGCAACAGCAGCAGCAGCAGCAGCAGCAGCGUGUAGUCGUCGAGCCAUCGGAAUUUGUAUGGACGAAAUCAUGCAGCUCCGAACAGCUAAAGAAUGACUGGAUAUGGCAUUGAGUGCAGCUAUGGGGGUAUGAGGAUGACGAUGCAAUCAGCGGUGAAAUUUUGUAAGCAUUAAGCAUAGACAAAGGAUCGUAUGGUCGCAACGAGUAAACUUUAAGUAAUACACAUACAUACAUACAUAUGUAUGAAUGUGUAUGUAGUUGAACUUUUGGGGCAUUGGUAGGGAUAACAAAAUCAAGUGAGUUGUGCUAUCAAUGUGACAAUCGUGUAAAAAGGCCGGCUUGGGUUUAUGUAUACGUCGGUUCCGGAAAUGUGCCGCAAGGAGUGAAAAUAAUGAAAACAGUUUUGAUAAUUGAAUUUAACCAACAUUCGUUGCGGUUUAAAAAUCUAGUCCUAUUAAAAGCUUCCCUAAAUAUCUGAUCCUUUUUCUUCUUCAGUUGUACGGUUACUCAAAGAAAUAUACAUUUUGAGCUAUUUAGAUCUGGUCUGAAAGAUAUUGUGGCUAUUUGUACAUAUUCUACAUUUCUAUAUUCUACAAAAAAAAAAACGAAAAAAGCUUUCACAAAUCAUUGCCUCGCAUGACCACCAGAACGCUUUUACAUAACUCUUCUUUCCUUUGGAUUAGUUAUUCAAAAAAACUUGGUCUUUAGACCCAAAAUUAGUUUCAUUAUUGAGGCAUUUUAAAGUGCUCUUUUAGGCCUGCAUACCUGCAUGCAUACUGAAAUUUAAAAUUAAAUUUUAUGAAAUUAAAUGAAUUUUUUUUUUAAUUUCGCCGAUAAGUUUAAAACCCAAGGUUUACUUUUUAUGUUGCUUGAUAACAAUUAUUGGUCAACAUUUAUUUUUUUUCUUGCUUGAUAACAGUUAUUAUCCAACGUUUAUAUUUUAAGUUGUAAGAUAAAAACAUUAACGAAAACGGAGAUGGAAAAGAAGAUAAAAAUGAUGAAAAUAAAAGAAGAGUAAAUAAGUGUUAUCAGACAAGGUAAAAAUAUACGUGGAGUAAUAACUGUUAUCAAGCAAGGUAAAAAAUAAACGUUGAUUUAUCAAGCAAGGAAAAAAGUAAAGGUUGGGAAAUAACUCUAAUUGACGACAGAAAACAAAUUUAUCCUGCAUAACAGUUAUGAGGAACGGAAAAGGUUAACUCUUAUUCGCGAAAUAAAAAAUAUUUCUCAUCUAGUAGCUGUUAGGGAGCUGCGUUUUUCAGAUAAAACUUAUGACUGUUAUGUCGCUGCUAAAUACAGCUCCUUCGCAUUGAGACUACAAGAGUCAGGAGAGUACUUUUUUUUGAAAUAUUAUUCUCUCUGGAGUCGAUUUUAAAUGGAAUAGUAACAACAACGAGGCUAGACUUCAAUAAGGAUAUGUCAGUGAGGUUCAGACUCACUAUAGAGAGUAGAGCGCAGCAAGUUGGUCUUUAGCAGAAAAAUGUAUGACGGAAUGUUUCUCAACAUCUAUGGUCUAGUAGGUUAAACUGGAAAACUUUUAUGCCGCAAUUUUGACUCGUUUAUUUAUUCGGUUACUGCUCAACAGUUCCGCUGUCUUCUGUUUGGCUUAUACAUGGUUAGUGCUACAGUUGUCCCGCAACUAAAAGAACUUAUCAUGAUCGAGCUCUGCGCAAAACACCGCCGCGCCUAGGCCCUUGUCCAUCUAUUAACCCAUCUCACGCCAGCCUUCGAUCUCUAUAAUUGCUGCAAAAUUCAUCUAGAUCCAGGAUCGGAAGUCAAUUCUUUCAGAAAGAGUUAACGCUAUACCAUUGUGACUGUAGGACCUGGAUGCAAACUUUGCCGUAGCAUUGAGCCUGGUGGCAGUUUUAACGCUAUUUUCUUGGCCGACAGUUCCGCUGACGGAAGAUGCAACGAGGUUAGUCUAAAUAAAAGAAGAAUAAGCUCUUCUGAUAACAUUUAUUUUUCUGAGAGCAACAGCUGAAUGUUCGUGCUAUAUACUAUAUAGACCCUGCUUUUAUAAUUGGAUCGUAAAUAAUGAAAUUCGUUCGUAAAGCCUUAGUAUGAAAUUUCGAAAAAAGGUAGACGAUUUUAGAAGAAAAGAUGACCAUCUUUUUAGGCUUGAAAUGAGACUCAACUUGUUGGUUGCAAAGGAAAUAUUAGAAAGCAGCUGAUGUACCUUUAAGGCCCCUCCCAACACCAGGUGAUCCCCCUGGUCAUAAAAAAGGAACACUCUCUGUUUGCCUGGUAUUAGUAGCAAGAUCAAAGUCACUGUUAUCUAAAUAUUUCAAAGCGACAGCUGCUACAGUUGGCAAAGCGAUUAUCAUCCACUUGAACUAAAUUAGUCGGUUAUUUUUCACAAUAUGUGCUAAUUAUAUAGAAACAAAAGCAUAAAAGCAACAAAAUAAGUACCCCGCUGUGACACAGUAACCGCCGGUAAUCAGCGGCUGCUAAGAAACGCUUGAAAUUUAAUGCCACAAAAGUAGAUAGAUACAUAUUAUACGAAAUGCACUUGAAGGAUACACACAUACCAAUUACAAUCUGCCUGAAAAUGUAACCAUAUCUUGCCAACAACCAGUAGGCGCCUAAUUAAAUGUCUUACUUAUUGAUUGGUAAAACCAAUUGAUACUGAUCUCUUUCGCAAAGCCACUUGUUAACAAGCUGACUACACAAUAAGCCAGGCGACACUCUAAGUAUUUUAUAGACAUAUGCGCACACUCUUCUACAUACAUAUGUAUGCUGACAUUUCCAUCAAUGUUUCUUAGAAACUUGCUUACUUCAAAACAGUCCUGAGAAUAUAAAUAAAUGUUUAUUGGCUUAGGAGCCACUUUCGACAUGCACUACUUGGAAUUGUUACGUGUUUAUACAGUAAGGGCAUACAAAGUAGCAAAGUUGUUGUUUUUUUUUUUCGUUUUCCAAUUUUUCAAAUUCUCUAUAAUUCCAACAGCGCACAACAAUCCACUUUAAAUUGCACCCAUAAGAACCUUAAAAUCUCUCGCAAUCCCAUCUGUUUUCUUUUUGCUCCCUCUCUCUCUCUCUCUCUCUCUUUCGCUCUUCAUCUCCCCCUUGGCAUAUCAUACAAAUUAUCUGCAAUCAAAAAUUCUAAGCACACGUUCACAGUCGCAAUUUAACGAUGGUAUCAUGGCAAGACAUAAUCCUUAAAAAUACUUCAAUGGAGACAAAUACUUCAACCAGCCAGUAUGCGAGUGUACGUGCGUGUGAGUGUGCGUGUGUGUGUGUGUCAAUGCCAAUAGUCCUGCAGACUGAAAAGUAGUAAAAGCCGUAGUAACCAUUGGCCGACUGGCGACACACGCUGAUUUUCUGGCGCGCAUACAUACAUACAUGCUCGCAUGCCUUCCGGUGCAAGUGCAAUUGGUGCUCGCUCGAUUCCUGUGAAGUGUUGGAGGAGAGAUAAAAAAUGAGAAUUUCCACAAAGCAAAAAAAUAAAAAUAAAAAUAAAUGUUGCAACACAGCAUGCUAUGCGCGCCGCAUACGAGUAUGUGUGUGUUUUUUUUUUUGUUUUUUUGGCGUCCACAACAGCAAUGACAUCAGCAUGUCAGUCACGUUUCGUCCUUUGUGAGCGCGCUACGUCUACAAAUACUGCAUAUGUAUGUAUAUAUGUAUGUAUGCACACUUACAUACGUUUAUGCACAUGACUGACUACGGAGCAGGAGCUCUGCAGUGGCAGUGAAAGAUUCUAUGCCGUUGAGUUUCCGCUGGAUCAAAGUCAGCUCGAGCGACGUGCGAAGCCUUUGCAAAGGCUUUCGCGCAGGAAGUGUGAAUUGGCCGCAUUUCCGUUAGUUCGCAACUAGUUUGGAAUAAUGAAAAUAAAGUAACAAGUUGGCUCGUUACAUUUCCAUCUUGAUUAGCAGCACUUUUGCCAGUUUUCCCCAUAACCAGCAGUUACACAAUUAGAUCGCCUUUUCUAUGUAGCUUACUUCAUUAGGGCACAUCUAUGUAUGAGCAGCGAAAGGAUUAUAUUUUUUUGCUGCAGCACUAUUUAUUAGUAGAAUACGUGUCACGAAAAUAACGAGUUAAUAAGCAAAGGCUAUAAGAGGGUGCUUAGGAAGCUUGUUAUGAAAUGCAGUGUAUUCACUAUAUGCAUUCAAAUUUAUCAGCGUCAUCUUUAUUGAUAACUUGAUGGACGUGUUAUCGAUAAUUUAUCGAAAUUUUGUUUCGAUGGUUUAUCGAUUGCCUAUUGAUAACUUUUUUUUGCAUUCAUCAAUGACUUUGCGAUACAUUUAUCGAUAAUUAUCGGAAAUAUUUAUCGAUAACUUAUAGAUACAUUUAUCGGUAUACGUUCAUAAAUAAUGUUCUGUAGUGUUUUGUAUGGUUCUAUCGAUAAAAUUCGCUAUUUCGUUAUCGCUUUAUUAAUCGACAACGCUAUAAGCAAAUUUUAAAAUAAUAUUACCUUUCUACUUUUAAUUUAGUAUUCUGCCGGCUCAAGGUAAUCUUUUAAAAAAUAAAUGAAAGCACAAGUUUUCUUGUUUAUUUUGUUUGCGAUAUGUUUCAGUAAAAUACUAAAUUAUUAUCGAUUUCUUAUCGAUAAGUAUAGUCCUUAUUUAGUUCGGUAUUUUUUUUAUGAUAUUUAUCGAUAUUUCGGUUUAUGUCAUUCACGAUAGCUGUUUGAUCGGGUUUGUAUUCACAUUCGCAUUCGUUUUCAAAUUUGCACUCAGAACAACUUAACAACAGUUUAAAACUUUACUCUUCUAAACACAUACACAUGUACAUAUGUACUAUGUAGGUAUGUUUCACAUCAAUAAUUUUUCUAACCGAGGCACGUACAAGCACCCCUGAGAGUCUUAGUCCACUUAGGAUUUCAACAUUUCGGUUUGAUGGGCUAUUUACACACACACACACUUACUUUUACACACACAGUCAGACAGACAUAAAAAAAAAACUAAGGGUGACUUUAAAAAUUUGCUGAGUGAGUGAAAAUCUUAAUCAACUGAUAAGAAAAGGAUCAUUUAUUACAAAAGUACUCAUAGCUCUACGCGUUCAAAUAGUAGCAUGGAUAAAUGUCGGUGCUUGAGUUUCGUAUAUGUAACUACAAACAUACAAAUAUACAUAUUUCAUGAAAUUAUUGUACAAGUAAGUAAGUAGGUCAAAAAUCAUAUCAUGGCAAUUCGCAAUGCAGUGAAAAUGAAAUUUUUACAGCAGACAGAAAGUUGUAAACUCAAAUUUAUGUAAAUAGCAAUAAAAAAAAGGAAACGUUAUAAAGGCGUAACAUUGUUGUAAUAAAUAAAAUGUAGAACAAAAACCCAAGCCAAACACAAAUUAAU